AGGCGGUAAAGCAAGAACGUGUCAAAGCAAGGAGCCGAGAAUCGAUUGUCCUCGGUUGUUUGUGCAGUGCUAAAGGAAGAAAGUGUAACGAGUUCUGAUUUCGUGCUUGUUGGCAGCUGGACGACAACAAUCCAGUGAGCUACGGUGUAAAAUAGCGCGCGUGAGAGUCCGCCUGCAUAUGUGGGCCCUAAGGUCGUAAUAUUGGACCGUUGUUGUUCCUUGGUCGAAGAUUCGAGACUUCGUCGUUCAAGCAAUACCCGUUCGUCACACGAAAGAGAAGACAGCGGCUGAAGAAGUGCGGUGUGUGUCGAGUUGAGAGAGUGUGUGGUGAAGCCGGGAGUUCCUUUUCGGAGGCAUCUCUCGCUCCCGACUCCGUCGUGGACGUCUCUUCUUGCUACAUAUGUUUGUGUUGUAGUUGUUAUUGUUUUUCACACGGAGUGCUGAUUCGUCGUCGUGAGUGCUUUCCGUGUAUCGUGUAUGCGUGUAUGUCACUGCUGCUCUGCCUUGUUGGGGUGAGGACGACGAAGAAGACCGACGAGUGUUGUGUUGGUGUGUGACAUGCUCCUGAUGGCAGCCUGCCAAAUCUGGAGAGCGCGCGCGGGUCGUCAUCGUCAAACCGGGAGCAGCGAACGUGUUGUGUCGCUCUCGUCACGUCAAUAAUGUGAUGUCCGUGUGGAAGGCAGCAAGCAAGAGCUCGUCAAAGUCCGGAACGUUUCGCAGCAUCAGUCAAAGCCGCUGUUCACGGUGAAAGGACGAAGGACAAAAGCAUUCACUAGCAGUACGGCGCCAAACAGUGGCUCGUGUGGAGGUGUAUUGUGUGUGCGGAAGAACUACAAUACAACCCUAGAGUGACAUCUUUUGCCAGGAACUGGCAGCUGGAACCUACUUCACUGGCCACCAGCCCGAAGAGAGACGCUACCGUUCCGUCGUAGUGUAUCCGCGUGCACGACAAACCCGAGGCCAAGAGCUUCUCCUAGCAGUAGCAGCAGCAAUCGCCAGAGUUUGGCUGAAAUGUUGUGUAUCGUAGUGCUAGUGUUCCGUCUUCGAGUACGCGAGUGUUUGCGGCCCGGUCGCACUUUGUGAUCAUCAUCCCUCACACUUUGCCUGCGUAUAUGCAAACAGCAGCACCUACUUUCGCUUCCCUUCAAGGGAACUCGAAACCCAUCUCAGUGUGAUUCGAAGAUCCGUUCCGUGAAUGAAACCAGUUAUCAGAAGUGUGUUAUUGUUGAUCACAGUGAAAGUUUUCCAGAAAAUUUAAAAAAAAAUCCAGAAAAAUCACACAACAUAAAUCAAAACGAAAAACAUGUGCUAAAUUAGAAGAAACCCCAACUAUCAGUUAAGCGUCGAACGACGUCAGCUAUUUUUCCUGGAAUAAUCGGUCAGAAGAAACGUUUCAAAAAUUGAGAACCAAAAUCUCCCAUCAAUGAUGCUCCACGAGGCAGUUAUGUUGGAAAUCUAUCGCCAGGCACUUCACGCCAGGUGCGGUGCAGCCGCCUUGUGGAUGUUUGGCGUACAGAUGAACAGAGGUCAGCUGAUUUUGUGGAGAAACUGGACAUACUCCGCGCUGUGUGUGACAUGCCUGAGGUGCUGUGUGAGCGAGGAGCGGCAGUCCAGUGUGAUGCACGGUUGAUUGUUAUUGCGCCCACAAGGGGAAGGACCACUGGAUCGUUAACGGCAGAAGUUGCUGAGCUGCUGGAGCCAUAGAUCGUGAAAUGGCCAGCCCUAGAUGCCAAUCGAGGGAGUCAUCCGGCGGUGGACGAUGCCCUUCGGAUGAAUCUAUCCGGUCCGAAGGCGAUCGGGACGGUCAGAACUCGGGCCCGAACCUGAGCCCGGUAUCGAUCACGCUCCCGCCCACCCUUGCGCCAGCAGCCGCCGCCGCCCUCCUGCCUCAGCAUUCUGCCGCCAUGGCCGCUUAUCUGAAUGUGGCCGCGGUGGCAGCCCAGCAAAACCGACUACUGCUAGGAUCGCCGCUGGCCGGUCUGGCAGCAGCCCGCAAUGGAUCUCCCCCGCUGCUACCGCCACUCGCCUCCCCGACAGAUGAAAGUGACGAUGCCGUGUUGGAUUUUAGCAAAAAGCGAUCCGAUAGCGGCACGGCCGACGAUGACGGUGGCAGUGAUUGUGACGAUGGAGAUGCCAUCAACCUGGGCACUAAAUCGGGCGAAAACAGUCCCCUGGAUUUGUCGGUGAGCACUCGGAAGCGAACAGGUGAUGACUCCAAUUCGCCUCCACCCAGGAAAGCAUCCCGGCAGCACGAUUUCAAACACGCGGUGGUAACACCAUGGAGCUCGCCGAUUGCACCUCAGCUACCCUACUUUGCUGCUGCCGUAGCGGCCGCAAGUCUUUCGCCCAAAAACAACCACUCCGAUUGGAAUGGCAAACACAAAGGCGUCUCCAAUGAUGCCGCGAAAGCCUUAGAAAAGAUGACUGAAUUGAGCCGUUUGGGUGGCGAUGAACUCUACCGGACUCCGAACAACAAUGUUUCUGGUGGCGUUGGUGGACCAGCCUCAGCCGGGGGUCGACACAGUGCAUGGCAAUCGCAUUGGCUCAACAAAGGUGCCGAUACAGCCAAAGACGUGCUAAAGUGUGUCUGGUGCAAGCAAAGUUUCCCAUCUCUAGCAGCCUUGACCACCCACAUGAAAGAAACAAAACACUGUGGCGUUAAUGUUCCUCCUGGCACCGGAAUGCCUCAACAGCCAAUCCAACAACAACCACCGAAUUCGUCCGCACCCAACACUGGUAAUAGUGCUUCCAAUAAACCAUCACCCAGUGAACUGAACCUUUUGAUCAAAGAAACAAUGCCGUUACCCCGCAAACUAGUGCGCGGACAGGACGUUUGGCUAGGCAAAGGAGCCGAACAGACUCGUCAGAUCCUCAAGUGCAUGUGGUGUGGUCAAAGCUUCCGAACUCUAGCGGAAAUGACAACGCACAUGCAGCAAACCCAACACUACACUAACAUCAUCUCGCAAGAGCAAAUCAUAUCGUGGAAAUCAACCGAUGGCGAAAAGCCAACCGGACCACCUGGCCCAAGCGGAAAUCCUCCAAGUGCACCAGGUGCUCCACCAGCUCCACCCGCACCCCAAACCAAUAGUCACGUUAGCGCCGUUUUAACUUGCAAAGUAUGUGAUCAAGCAUUCUCAUCCCUCAAGGAGCUCAGCAAUCACAUGGUUAAAAAUGCUCACUACAAAGAGCACAUCAUGCGAUCGAUCACCGAAACAGGUGGAAGGCGGCGACAGACCAAGGAAAGGCGCAAAAAAUCGCUCCCGGUGCGGAAACUUUUGGAAAUGGAACGGGCACAACAAGACCUCAAAAACGGUGAAAAUCCUUCCGUCAGUCCAGUCAAUAAACCAAUUCGAGAUCUCGGAGCCGGAAAAAUAACUUGCGAAAAGUGUAACGAUAAAAUCGAAACCACUCUCUUCGUGGAUCAUAUCAGACAAUGCAUUGGUGGAGCUGCCAUCUUGCAAGCCCAACAACAGCGAGAAAAGCUCAAAAAUGCACUCCUUUCUAACACGAUCAUUCCACCUGAUUCGAUAAGUCCGGUUACUCCAACCAGCCGAGAUGGUCGUAAAUCAGUCGGAGAAGAUCUCUCGUCUCCAAUGUCCUUACAAAAAUCUCCAAUGCCAGCCGAUCUAUCCUCACCCGCAUCCGGUAAAAAAGAAGGCGAGAAAAGUUCAUCGCCAUCAGUGCUUAACGCAAUCGAGCAACUGAUCGAGAAAAGCUUUGACACCAGAUCUCGUCAUCCCAGUUCCAAUUUUGGCAACCCCAGUCAAAGCACAACUCCAUUAGGCUCCAGCAUACUAAAACGGUUAGGUAUUGACGAGAGUGUAGACUACACGAAACCUCUGGUUGAUCCACAAACUAUGAACAUGUUACGAAGUUACCACCAGCAACAGUACAUGGCCCAAUUUGGGCGACGGGAACGAAGCGGCAGUGAAUCCAGUUCAAUCUCGGAACGAGGCUCUAGCAGAGUCGAUUCGCUGACCCCGGAGAAAAAAUUUGACACUCCAAGCCAUUCAACACCCCGGGGAACGCCCGAAAAGCAGUACAUGGAUGAACACAACCAUAGCGAUGAUCAACCCGUCAAUAUCAAGCGAGAAAUGCACAGCGAUGAUGAAGACGGCGAUGGGGAGAAGCAAGAACCACCGAAAAUCAAAAUCAAGCGGGAGAUUGAUGAGGAUGAAGAUGAUAGGCCGAUGAGACCACCAAGUAAGUCCAACGAUGAUGCAUCGGACGUUGAGAAAGACAUCAAACGUCGGUGCAGUAUAGCGUCUAGUCCGGCACCGAGUCCUCGUAUGCUGACGGCCAGCGUACCGAUAAGCCCAUCAGCUAGUCCAAUCAGUGAUCAUCAUUCCAUCGCAUCGCGGUCGACACCGGGUUUGGCGGAAGGAGCUGGUAAGAAAGUGGGCAGUGGCGUGAGCAUCAGUAGCAGCUUGGGAGCUUUAUCGUCGAUGUUUGAUAGUUUGACGGGAGCAAGUGGAACGGGUAACAGCGAGCCGAAUGGAUCAGGUGGCAAGAAGUCCAGUGCCCAUCCGUUGGCGGCGUUGCAAAAACUUUGUGAUAAAACCGAAACGACACCUGCUGCACGGGGAGGUGUCAGCAAUGCACUGCUGUCGGCGACAAAUAAUGCCUCGGCAAGUAGAACGGCUCCGGGUGCAAUUUUGGCUUUUAGCUGGGCGUGUAACGAUGCGGUAGUGUCCGAUGAGUCGGUGAUUAAGUGUGCCUAUUGCGACACGACGUUCACCUCGAAGGGCGCCUAUCGACACCAUCUGUCGAAGGCACAUUUUGUGAACGACGACGUCAUUCCGGAACCGAAGGGACAACCGCUGAAGCCAGGUUCUCCUCAUUCGCCGAAAUCGACUGGAAGUGGUGUAGCCGGUUCAAGUGGCCGGGACAGUGUUAAUCGCAUGGACGGGGGUGGGACUCCAAUUCCACCGGCGGGAAGCAGCGGCAACGGUCAGGCACGGAGUCCUCCACCUUCGCAGUCACCUGCCGCAUUCGACGAGAGUCCGCACUCCAAGUUUCUGAAAUACACCGAGCUGGCAAAGCAGUUGUCAUCCAAGUACGUCUGACAUUCCUAAGUUGAAACCCGCGGGUAGGUUCGUUUUUCCCUCUGUUCCAUGUAUGUAAAUAAUCCACUGAAAUGUCGGAACGAUGACGGACAGUCAGCGAUAGGGCCAGAGCGUGUACAGUGUUGAGAAUAAACGAGAAAAAAAAAACACGAGGAAGGAAGCAAAAACAAGGAAGAAAAUCGUUCGAACGUGAGCCGCAGAAAAUGAGGCAGUAAAUAAUGUAUUUAUGUGCGUAUCCAUUUCUGCCAUGAUGGGUGCCUUCAAUGGGCACUCAAAGUUCGGUAAAGGGGAGGCCGGCACCGUGGAAGAAAAUUGGGCCGAGAGUGGUUGAAGUUUGGCAGCGUUCAACGACAGAAGCGACGAAGCCGACGGGAGCAGGUUUUUUUAUCCGUUCCUACGCUCCCUCUUCUUGCAGGUUUAUUUCUGAGUUAUUCCUCUUCUCUAAGAGCACCGUCUAUAUGAGACUGUAUAUGUGAAUCUCUUUUCUGCUUCUUUUAAAUCACUUGCCUUAAUGACUUUUAUGUACCCAUCAUUCGAGGCGAGAGAUGGUGUUGGACGGUUACAAACAUACUCAAACCUGUAACCAACAUUCGCCCCCGUACUAACACACCGACAUACACACACGCAUACAUUCUCUGAAACGGGGCCAAAUCACGUAAACUUCAGAAGACGAAAACGAAAACGCUGCGGCAGCAGAGAGAGGACACAAACAAGUUUCUCGGCUCGACUGUUGCUCCCUACUUGAGUGCUGCUAGCGCGUUGAUGCAAACAGAUCAUGCUGGUGUUGGUUGAGUUGAAGUGCAGCGUUUCGUUUUUUUUUCUUGUGUUCUUCUGUUUGGACAUUUCUCAUCUCCGGUGUGUGCUCUUUCCUGCGAAGGAGAACGGAGAAGAAAUCAAUCAAGAAAAUAAAGCCAACGUCAGCGGAAUGUACUCUGCUCAGGCUCGGCAAAAGCAGGCUGUGCCAUUCUGGUCGCUGCCUAUCAUAAAGUUGGGCAAAGAAGUGGAAAGGGUAAACGCCAACCAAGAGCCAUUGGAAGGCCGCCGUUGGUUCGAUGCAGAAAAAACAAAAUGGAGUUUUGCCAGGCUUUUGAACAAUAAAUCGAAGGCGGGCUCCGCGGAGAUUCGCGCGCUUCGUCAUCAAUCUUUGUCAGACGAUGUUAUGGUAACGAUGUUCUUCCUUGUGUUCGCUUCAAAGAAGGUUUUUGCAACAACUUUCAUGCUUUAAUGGAAUUCAAUCCUGUUUCUUUCACAUAUCCCUUGUUGAAAUAUUUCAUUUUCAAUAACACUAGUUUACAGCAUUUUUGAACUCAGUAAACUGAAGGUCAUUUCCAAUGUGAAAUCGGGCGCUGAAUCCGAAAAUGAAAUUCAAAAAAAUCUCAGUAGAACCGUUUUUGAGUUAUGCUCCAAAUAUGAAAUUUAGAAAAAAUUGAAAAAGUUCUUGUACUUAGAUUAAAAUAUCUCGGACGGCAUAACAGUAAUUUGAAAUCUCUCUUUUGCAUAUUGAAGGUGAAUAAAUUGUCUAUCGAUCAUCUGAACAUUGUUUUUGCGUUUGACCAACAGUAUUGUUGAUAUUAGUGACUUUAUGAGGAAAAAAAAUUAUAAAAAACGCAUUUUUUUGAGAAAAUUAUGUUUCAACGAAAGUUUUAGACUCGAUGGUAGCAUUUAAAAAAUCUGAUUUUCUUUCGCGCUUAAAUUUCAAUUUAAAACAAAGAUUUCAAGUGUUUAUUUAUCAAAAUCGGUAGAAAAUUGAAGAAGUUAUGGCUACUUUACCAUAAUAGUAUUUUUUGUAGUUUUUCAUAAUUUAACGAACCGCAGUACACUUAUCAUAGUAUAGGUAGAACGAAACAUGAUAAAUCUCACUCGCUCCAAGCCAAAAUUUUUGAUUAGCUUACCAAAAGGUCACAUGCCAAGUUUCAGGAAGAUCUGACCAUAGGGAGGGGUUGCUUAAGUCUCAAACGUGAAUAAAAUUUUGAGGUAUUUUGACCGGAAGGAACGAAAAAUACUGGUUUUUCAUCAAUAACUUUUUUCAUCACUAGCUGAUUGUUUUUUAUGGUUAAUUUUCUUUAAAUCUAAGUUGAGACAAAUAUUU